CUGUUAUUUAUUAUCUAGGUUGUAGCUAUCUAAUGAAGAUCACGUCUAAUCGUGGUAUAUUUCAUUAAUUCUGAAAAAUUGUAAGUACACUUUUUCCUGUUGUUUGCACAUAUCGAAACGUUUAAAUGUGACAUAAAAAGACAAUUUAAUACAAUGUAUCUGCACUGAAAUAACAGCUCGCAUGGUGUCACUGCUUGUGAAUCUGAACGACUCUUGGUUGAACAGCCUCUACGUCAGUAGUUUGGUUCUGUUUCGCGACAGGGUGCACUCAAGGCGAUGGCUUCGCAUAUUGGACUGUCUUAUAAACAUCCAUUCUAAUUCCAGUGGUUGUUAUUUUUGAUCGAAACGCAUUUUGCAGUGUAAACUUGCAUAUUGAUGACUGACCUCCCUUAUCGUUUGAUUUGUUUCUUUUUCUAAAUUUUACGAUGGCACGACGAGGGCGCAGCGCAUGGUUGCAGCGCCUGAUCCUUAUUGUUUCUUUGGGUCUCACUUUUAAUUUUACUUCGGCGCAGCUGCGAUAUUCUAUUCCUGAGGAGCUCACGGUGGGUGCUGUUGUUGGAAAUAUUGCUAAGGAUUUAGGACUGGAUGUUGGUGCUUUGAAUGCGAGAGGAUUUCGCAUCGUUUCUGGAUCGACUGAACCCCUGUUUCAACUCAACCACAAUGGCAUCUUGCACGUUAACCGCAAAAUAGAUAGAGAAGAAGUGUGCGAACGGACCACUACGUGCAUUAUUAACAUAAAGACAGUGCUGGAGAAUCCCUUAGAGGUGCAUUACGUCGGCGUUGAGGUUUUAGAUGUAAAUGACCACUCUCCCACCUUCUCGGACAAUGAAACGCAUCUAGAGAUCUCAGAAUCUGCUUUACCUGGAGCACGAUUUCAGCUACAAGGCGCCCGUGAUCCGGACAGCGACAUGUUCUCUAUUCAGCUGUAUAAGCUCAGUCAAAAUGACCACUUUCGAUUGGAAGUUAAAGAUAGAGGAGAGGAUGGAAAAAUUCCUAUGUUGUAUUUGCAUAAACCGCUCGACAAAGAAGCUGCAAGAAGUCAUAGAUUGUUGCUGACAGCGGUUGAUGGGGGAAAGCCUGCUAGAUCAGGAACAAUGGAAAUUAUCGUUCAUGUUUUAGAUGUGAACGACAAUAUGCCAGUAUUUGUCAGAGAAUCAUAUACAGCUGUACUUAAAGAAAAUUCGCCUGUUGGCACAACUAUCAUACAAGUCAAUGCCACAGAUUUAGAUGAUGGUUUAAAUGGGGAGGUUGUUUAUUCGUUUGGGAAUAAUGUCAAUAACAAAUUACAUAAACUUUUUGAGGUUGAUGCAAAUACAGGUGAUAUUAUUGUUAAAGGACUCUUAGAUUUUGAAGCAAAAGAUAGAUAUGAGCUUGAUAUUAAAGCUUCUGAUAAAGGACCAGUCCCGCUGGAAACAGAAAAAAGUGUUAUAAUAACUAUUGUAGACCUGAAUGACAACGCACCUGAGAUUGAGGUGACAUCCUUUUCGAGUGCAAUUCCAGAAGACUCCAAACCUGGAACGACAGUAGCAUUGAUAAGUGUGAAUGAUGAUGAUUCAGGUGUAAAUGGAAAGGUCAUCUGUUAUAUAAGUGAGGAUGUACCCUUCACUUUAACACCUUCUUUACAAGAAAAUAUGUAUGCAAUAGUCACUAAAUCUCUGCUAGACAGAGAGCAUCAAUCCAAGUAUGAUGUAACAAUAGUUGCAAAAGAUGCAGGUGAACCUCCUUUAUCAUCUCAACGGACAAUGAGUGUGACAGUAUCAGAUGUGAACGAUAACAGUCCAGAGUUUUCAACAAAUCCAUAUACUUUUUAUGUCACUGAGAACAAUAUUGCAGGAGCCUCUUUAUUUUCUGUCAGUGCUUGUGAUUGUGAUGAGGGUGAUAAUGCUCUCAUAUCCUAUCAUAUUGUAAGAAAUAGUGAUGAACACAAAAAAUUGACAUCAUUUCUAAAUAUAAACUCUGAAAAUGGAGCUAUUGUGGCACUGAAAAGUUUUGAUUUUGAAACGUUGAAAACGUUUCAAUUCCAAGUUGUUGCCACAGAUUCUGGAGCUCCGUCUCUCAGCACCAACGUCACAGUCAACGUGUUCAUUCUGGAUCAGAACGACAACGCUCCAGUCAUCCUGUAUCCACUCAGCUCCAACGGAUCUGCUGAAGGUGUGGAGGAGAUUCCCCGCAAUGUCAACGCAGGACACUUGGUCACCAAAGUCAGAGCCUAUGAUGCUGAUAUAGGAUAUAACGGCUGGCUGCUCUUCUCACUGCAGGAACUCACUGACCACAGUCUCUUUGCUUUGGACCGAUAUACAGGACAGAUCAGAACACUUCGCUCAUUCACAGAGACAGACGAGGCUGAACACAAACUGGUCAUACUGGUCAAAGACAAUGGAAACGUUUCACUCUCAGCAACAGCUACUGUCAUUGUCAAACUUGUGGAGCCCAAAGAGGCUUUUGCAGCGUCUGAUGUCAAAAGUGCAGCAAAAGUUGAUGAUGAUGACAACGUGACAUUUUAUCUGAUGAUAACUUUGGGAUCAGUUUCUGUACUUUUUCUCAUCAGCAUCAUCGUGCUGAUUGCAAUGCAGUGCUCCAAAUCCACAGACUAUACUUCCAAAUAUCUGCAAGAGACUAAUUAUGAUGGGACACUGUGUCACAGCAUCCAGUACAGAUCUGGAGACAAACGCUACAUGUUAGUUGGACCCAGAAUGAGUAUAGGAUCUACUAUAGUUCCUGGAAGCCAUGCAAAUACUCUAGUGCUACCUGACAGGAGGAGAGCAUCUGAGGAGGUAAGAAAGAGUGUUGUAUUUAAAGACAGGUCUGAUAUUAAGCUAAUGACAAAUAAGAUCCGAGAAAUAAUUGUACAUAAAGUAGCAAAUCACACUAGCCGUUCCAAAUAGCGCAAUAGAAGUGGUCAACAAUUAUAUAAAAUUCAUCUGUGAGAGAAAUGAGGAGGUUUGUGUGAUGAUGAGACAGCAGAUUUAAGCUGUUGGUUUACAAAUCCCAGUGGGCAGCCGCAUUAGUGGGCUGGUGGACUGUCGAAAAAUCCAUCAAGUUUAAACUGGCCCUGUGUGUCUUUUUUACCAGACCUCUCUGUGUGCCUGUCAUUUGAGGAGAAUGUGAGCAUGCUGACUCCCAUCUAUUCUCCUAGGCCAGUCCCAGCAGACAAUUUCAGGACUGAAUUUCUUUCCCAGGAGAACCCUGGUUGUAUGACUCAUAUAGACCAGAUUGUUACCUGAUUAGCAAAUUAAACUGCAGUUGGUGUGCUAGGUUGGUAGCUUAAUGCUUAAUGUUGUCUCCGAGUUUAAAAUCUAAUUUAUCUCAAGAAAUGACAUUCUAUUACAUGUUUCACCCCAAACUCCAAGAAAUAACUAGCUUCAUGUUAUAUAUUAUGGCAAAUUAUUCAUCAGAUUAGUCAGAAUAUAAAAGGGAUGCUGGUGCAAGUAAUAAUACUUACCCUAGUGUCUGUCAUUAUAACAGAACUUAACAACAGAUUUAAUGUCCCCUCAUUGCUGCUUUGUAUGUCAUGCUAUUUGAGGACCAGCUAUUAAUAAUUUAAAAUGAAAUGUGUCUAUUUCAGGCCAUGUGUUGUGUGUAGAUCAUAAACUGGCUUUGAAAGAAAAUAAGUGCCUCACUUUAGCAGAUUUGUGAAGUAAGGAAAAGUUUUGGAUUCCAUUUAAAAGAAAAGAAAAAAUACAUGAAGUAUAGUUUACUUCAGUGACAAGUGGCCUUCUGUGUCAGCUCUCCUGAAAAUAGCACAUAUCAUUUGUGAGCUAGUAUAUGCACAGGAAUCUUUGUUCUCACACCUUGUAUUGAAGCGUUUCUUUAAAUCUGCAUUAAUUGAUAAUCCAGAUGAGCAAAAACAGCUACUUGAAAAACAUCCUGUGUAAUAUUUAUGCAUAUUUAUGUUUUUUUUUUCUCCUUUCAUCGCGUAUAUCUGUUAGGGUUAAAUGUGUGUGACUGGCUAAGAGAGUUUUUUGAGGUCUGUGCUUGCUGAUGUAGUAGAGGUGAUUGAGUGUGCCAUGAAUGGCUGGAGUUAAGACAGAGAGAUGGGUAGAAAGAGCCUGAGGCAGGUGUGCAGUGAAUCACAAUGUGCAGCCAGUCCAGUGGGGGAGAUCUCAGUUCACUCCAGGACUGAAAAAGCAAACACUUUAUAUUUUUGCUAUUUUUCAUUUGAUUAGCUUAUUCUGCUCAGGGCUCAGAAAAUACUAGUGAUGUAAAAGGGAGUACACAGUUCACUGACAUGCAGUACUACACACAAGCUUUAUACAGCAUGAGCCCUUUUCAGUCACUAAAAAAUAGGUCAUAUAUUAUCACAUGUGUGGAGGUCUGAAUACUAGACUUCUGGGCUGAUUCUGUGUCGAAUAUUGUGUGUUGCCCAUAGCAACACACUGGGAGAUCCACCUCUCGGAGUCUACUGGUUUCCACAGACUAGCAUGCGCUCAGUGGUCUUAGCAACAGCAACGGAAGAGGAUGAACGAGGGAGGGA